UGCUUAAGCACCUGCUUAAGCCUUUAGAAGCUGGGAUCUAGUGAGGCCCCUGGAACUGAAGGGAGAGUCGGGUGUCACACAGUGAAGAGAGAGUUUCUGCUUCCACCUCAUUUCUGGCUUCUUCUGGCUUUACCUCACCCUGGGGAAGCUUGGAGAAGCUGCUGUUCCUGUCUCCCUGGUUAGGCCAGGAGCUUCUGGGAGCCUUGUGGCCAGGAACUGCCAGCUGGGACCUGAGUCACCGGAAAUGGCUCCAGCUUGGCUUCAUUUCCCAGUGGCCAUUGGGGAGGGAGUAGGGCAGGAUGCAGACUGAUGGAAACAGAGCAGGGGAUGGGGAGGGUGGAACUCUUGAGAGCGAGACAUGCUUGGUUCUGAGAAGAUGGCCCUUACUUCAGGCUGCUAUUAUUCACUAGCAUGUAUAGAGAAAAAUAUAGAGAUGACCCCUCUGGGUCAACAGACUAGACGAAGGCAACCCUUCCCGCUUGAUGGACCACCUGUAUCAAAAUGUCCCUCUUCUCAGCUGUUGCAGCCCAAGGCACAGGCCUUGGCUAUGAAGCUGUUUCAGCUCCCUUUUCCCCUUUGCCCUAGUGCCUUCAUGCAGGCUAUAGCCAUGUGGGGUGACCCUGCUCUUAUCUGGGCUGAAGAAGGCAGGCUCAGAAAUCUACAUCCCUGAGCAGAGAAGAGAAGCCAGGCCCCUUAGCUUGGCUUUAUGCCUGGCACACCCUGCAGGCAUGUGCAGGAAGACCACAUUCCUGGGGACAGUCUGGGCAAGUGACAUGGCAGGUGACCAGGUUCCCAUGAAUGCCUGAGGUGUGCCCAUCCCACGUGCCCAGGCUUCCCUUGAGGCUUGAGCUGUGCACCUUUACCCUGGCUGUCGCCCUGGGUGCUGUCCUGCUCCUGCCCUUCUCCAUCAUCAGCAAUGAGGUGCUGCUCUCACUGCCUCGGAACUACUACAUCCAGUGGCUCAAUGGCUCCCUCAUCCAUGGCCUCUGGAACCUCGUUUUUCUAUUUUCCAACUUAUCCCUCAUCUUCCUCAUGCCCUUUGCGUACUUCUUCACUGAGUCUGAGGGCUUUGCUGGCUCCAGAAAGGGUGUCCUGGGCCGGGUCUACGAGACAGUGGUGAUGUUGAUGCUCCUCACUCUGCUGGUGCUGGGCAUGGUGUGGGUGGCAUCAGCCAUUGUGGACAACAACAAGGCCAGCAGGGAAUCACUCUAUGACUUCUGGGAGUACUACCUCCCCUACCUCUACUCCUGCAUCUCCUUCCUCGGGGUCCUGCUGCUCCUAGGGCGAGUUUCCUGCAAAGCUGGAGCCAUACAACGAAGCAAUCCUACGGUUGUGUGGUGCACGCCUUGCAGAGGGCCACAGCCUUCGUUGGCUCCUGUAUCCUUCACCCCCAUCAUCUGGGGCUGGUCACCAGACAUGCAAAGCAGAGCACAAGGCAGUUGGGAGGGACUGGAUAAAGUUGCUGGCCACAACGUGCUGCUGGAAGACCUAGAGGAGCAGCUGUACUGCUCAGCCUUUGAGGAGGCAGCCUUGACCCGCAGGAUUUGCAAUCCCACCUCCUGCUGGCUGCCUUUGGACAUGGAGCUGCUGCACAGACAGGUCCUGGCUCUGCAGACACAGAGGGUCCUGCUGGAGAAGCGGCGGAAGGCUUCCGCCUGGCAGCGGAACCUGGGCUACCCUCUGGCCAUGCUGUUCUUGCUGGUGCUGACGGGCCUGUCUGUGCUCGUUGUGGCCAUCAACAUCCUGGAGCUGCUCAUCGAUGAGGCUGCCAUGCCCCGGGGCAUGCAGGGUGCCUCCCUGGGCCAGGUCUCCUUCUCUAAGCUGGGCUCCUUUGGUGCUGUCAUUCAGGUUGUACUCAUCUUUUACCUGAUGGUCUCCUCCGUCGUGGGAUUCUACAGCUCUCCACUCUUCCGGGGCCUCUGGCCCAGAUGGCACGACACAGCCAUGACACAGAUAAUUGGGAACUGUGUCUGCCUCCUGGUCCUGAGCUCAGCACUUCCUGUCUUCUCUCGAACCCUGGGGCUCACUCGCUUUGACCUGCUGGGUGACUUUGGCCGUUUCAACUGGCUGGGCAAUUUCUACAUCGUGUUCCUCUACAAUGCAGCCUUCGCAGGCCUCACCACUCUUUGUCUGGUGAAGACCUUCACUGCUGCUGUGCGGGCAGAGCUGAUCCGGGCCUUUGGGCUGGACAGACUGCCAUUGCCUGUCUCCGGUUUCCCCCGGGCAUCUAGGAAGACCCAACACCAGUGACCUCCAGCUGGGGCUGGGAGGGAGAAAACUGGACACUGCCAUCUGCUGCCCAGGCCUGGAGGGGUGGGUGGACAUCAGGACCUGGAAUCUGAGAGGGUGGGUAGCAGAGGGGAGCUGAGCAGUCUGCACUGUCGCAUAAUCUGAGCCAGAGUUUGGGACCAGGCCCCCCCGCUUUUCCAGAUUUAACCGUGGGCCCCAGCAUGAGGUGGGGCUGCGUGACUGGGUCUGGCUCCUGGUCCCAAAUCCGUUUACACAUCAGUCUGCCUCACUGCUGUUCUGGGCCAUGCCCGUAGCCAUGUUUACAUGAUUUGAUGUGCAAUAGGGUGUGGUGGGGGCAGGGGAGGGACUGAGCUGGGGGCAGACUUGGGAGGCAGAUUGUCUCCUUUGCCUCUGGCCCAGCAAAACCUAAGCACUGUGCUAUCCUGGAGAGGUUUUGGACUAUCGGAGAGAUGAGGGCAUAGGGAGAAAGAGGCUACAACUGUCAGCAAUAAAGUUGAUCCCAGGUUUGCUUUGGUUUUUUAAA